CAGGCCGCCGGUGCCGGUGGCGGUGCCGGUGCCGCCCCCCGGCCGCGCCCGCCCCCUCGCUGCCCCGGCGGCCCGGCGGUGCGGCAGAGCCGGCGGGGCUAUGGCUGCGGAGGAGGUGCUGCAGGGCGCCGACCACUACAAGAGCGAGAUCGAGCGGCUGACCCGGGAGCUCUCCGAGACGACCCACGAGAAGAUCCAGGCGGCGGAGUAUGGGCUGGUGGUGCUGGAGGAGAAGCUCACCCUCAAGCAGCAGUACGACGAGCUGGAGGCGGAGUAUGACGGCCUCAAGCAGGAGCUGGAGCAGCUGAAGGAGGCGUUUGGACAGUCCUUCUCAAUUCAUCGUAAAGUGGCUGAAGAUGGGGAAACACGUGAAGAGACUCUCCUCCAGGAGUCUGCGUCAAAAGAAGCUUAUUACCUGGGGAAGAUUUUGGAGAUGCAGAACGAGCUGAAGCAGAGCAGGGCAGUGGUUACCAACGUUCAGGCAGAGAAUGAGAGACUCACUGCUGUUGUCCAAGACUUGAAAGAGAAUAAUGAAAUGGUAGAACUGCAGAGGAUACGAAUGAAAGACGAAAUUCGAGAGUACAAAUUUCGAGAGGCGAGGCUCCUGCAGGACUACACUGAACUUGAAGAAGAAAAUAUCACUUUGCAGAAGCUGGUGUCCACUCUGAAACAGAACCAAGUUGAAUAUGAAGGCUUAAAGCAUGAGAUUAAACGAUUUGAGGAGGAGACAGUGUUGCUUAACAGUCAGCUAGAAGAUGCCAUCCGGCUGAAGGAGAUUGCAGAGCAUCAGCUGGAGGAAGCCUUGGAAACUUUAAAAAAUGAAAGGGAGCAAAAGAACAAUCUGAGAAAGGAACUCUCCCAGUAUAUCAACCUCAAUGAUAGUAUGUAUAAUAACCAUAUUAAUAUAUCAGUAGAUGGAUUAAAGUUUGCAGAGGAUGCGAGCGAGCCCAACAAUGAUGACAAAAUGAAUGGACAUAUCCAUGGGCCUCUUGUGAAACUCAAUGGUGACUACCGAACUCCCACAGGUAGGAAAGGAGAAUCUCUGCACCCCGUCUCCGACCUCUUCAGUGAGCUCAACAUAUCAGAAAUACAGAAACUGAAGCAGCAACUUAUGCAGGUGGAGAGAGAGAAGGCCAUUCUCCUGGCCAACCUACAAGAGUCUCAGACGCAGCUGGAGCACACGAAGGGAGCCCUGACCGAGCAACAUGAGCGAGUCCACAGGCUCACGGAACACGUCAAUGCCAUGAGGGGGCUGCAAAGCAACAAGGAGCUAAAAGCAGAGCAUGACUGUGAGAAGGGCCGAGAUCCUGGCGAGGAAGCACAUGACUAUGAAGUGGACAUCAAUGGCUUGGAGAUUCUAGAAUGUAAAUACAAAGUAGCUGUUACAGAGGUGAUAGACCUUAAAGCAGAAAUCAAAGCCUUAAAGGAGAAAUACAAUAAAUACGUGGAAAACUACACUGAAGAGAAGGCCAAGUAUGAGAGCAGAAUCCAGACAUAUGAUGAACAGGUGACAACCCUGGAGAAGUCGACCAAGGAGAGCCAGGAAAAAAUGGUCCACAUGGAAAAGGAAUUACAAAGGAUGACAAGCAUAGCGAAUGAAAACCACAAUACCCUCAACACCGCCCAGGAUGAGCUGGUGACGUUUAGUGAGGAACUGGCUCAGCUCUACCAUCAUGUCUGCCUGUGCAACAACGAGACACCAAACAGGGUUAUGUUGGACUAUUACAGGCAAAGCAGAGUCACCCGCAGCGGCAGCCUGAAAGGACCAGAUGACCCUCGAGGUCUCCUUUCCCCGCGACUUGCCAGAAGGGGAAUGGCAUCACCCGUAGAAGCCAGGACCCCAACCGAGCAGGUGACAAAAGAGGCUGUGGAGCCUGGCAAGGAGCAGAGCCCAACUAAAACACCUACAAUUUCCCCUGUCAUCACAGCCCCUCCUUCCUCCCCUGUCUCCGAUACCAGUGACAUUCGCAAAGAGCCGAUGAACAUCUACAACCUCAAUGCCAUAAUAAGGGACCAAAUCAAGCACUUGCAGAAGGCUGUAGAUCGGUCAUUGCAGCUGUCACGCCAGCGUGCUGCAGCUCGGGAGCUGGCGCCCAUGAUUGACAAAGACAAGGAGGCCUUAAUGGAAGAGAUACUGAAGCUGAAAUCCCUCCUGAGUACCAAGCGGGAGCAGAUAGCAACCCUGAGAGCAGUCCUGAAAGCCAACAAGCAGACAGCUGAAGUGGCAUUAGCCAAUUUGAAGAAUAAGUACGAAAAUGAAAAAGCAAUGGUGACUGAAACCAUGACCAAGCUACGAAAUGAACUUAAGGCUUUGAAGGAAGAUGCAGCAACCUUCUCAUCCUUGAGAGCAAUGUUUGCAACCAGGUGUGAUGAAUACGUCACGCAGCUGGAUGAGAUGCAAAGGCAGCUAGCAGCUGCAGAGGAUGAGAAGAAGACACUAAACUCUCUGUUGCGCAUGGCUAUCCAACAAAAACUUGCCCUUACCCAGCGACUGGAGGAUUUAGAAUUCGACCAUGAGCAGUCCCGACGCAGCAAAGGCAAGCUUGGAAAGAGCAAGAUCGGCAGCCCUAAAGUAAGUGAGGAGGCAUCAGCCACCGUGCCAACCAUAGACACUUUCCUCCUGCAUAGUCAGGGCCCACAGCAACCAAACUUACUGGUCAGCAGUGGCACUCAGAGGAAAAGACUAUUCUCACCUUCCCUUUGUGAUCAGAGCCAUCCCAGGACUUCAGGGACCUACCUCCAGAAAUUAUUAAGAGCCCCCCCUCAUCCCGCUUCCACAGAAUCAUAUCUUCUGAGGGGCCCCCCUUCCAUGAGUGAAUUCAUCCAUGGGCACCGUCUCAGCAAGGAAAAAAGGUUAACCGUGGCCACACCAGAUUGUCAGCAGCCUGCUGCCUCCAUACCGCCACACGGCUCACAACUAGCCAGGGGGCCAGAUUGCCAGACUGUCAGUCCUAGUGCUCUUCCAGAAGAGCAGCCACAUUCCAGCUCUCAAUGUGCCCCUCUCAACUGUCUCUCUAAGCCUCCUCCUUAUCCCUAAUCUUCAUAUGCAACGUAAGAGAAAAUCCAAACAGAGUGGAGUUCAUGCAACAAAGAUUUGGGUUGUUCCCAACAAGCAGGUAGACAAUCCCGCCUUGUUGCUGCAUCGACAAGUCUGGAUUCAUAUCCACAGCUCUGGCAACUGAGGGAAGGUUGAGAAGAAGAACACAAAGCACAGAGCCCAACCUAUCAAGACUUUUUAUGGUUCCUCUGAUUGUAUUCAAACUUUGCUAUCACAACUAAAGUAUAGUGAAAUUUAAUAUCUCAACAAAGUUAUUCCUCCCAGCUGCUUGGCUUUACCUCUGACAAAAUGAGAGACUUAAGCCAAUAUUAAAAAAAAAAAAAAGUUACUAAAAUCCUACCCUCACAACCUCUAAGUUCGGCCAUAGGAACCAGUUCAAACUUCCUUUUGUCAUUAAGGGUGUGAUAUUUAUUUCUUACUUUAUUUGCACCAUAAUUUUGUGUUUAUAAAAUAGUCUUUUUUUUUGGUGAGAAUUAUAUUUAAUUGAUUUCAUUUUUUAAAAAACAAGCAGAAAUAGCUUAAGCGAAGAAUGACUGUGUUAAUAUUAAAAAGAGGCUUGUUGCAUUGGCCAGCAUAUGGCCAAUUCUUUUUGCACAAAAAUGCUGGCAAUGGGUGGAAUUGAAAUGUUAACAAUGACUGUAUAUUUUGCUGCUGCACUGAUAUUGUUUAUGCACUUGUUUUUUGAAUUCCGAUUUCACUAGCUUCUGGUUUUGUUCUAGCUCUUCACUGAAAGAUAAUUAUUAAGCCUAAGAAGGAGAUGAAAGGAUGAUGUAUUGAUUUGUUUUCAGUUGUUUGCUUGCAUUGUGAUUAUAUUUUUGCAUUUCAGACAAGUAGAUGAAUUGGUGCUGUUUUUUUGGGCUGCUUUCUAUUUGGUAUCUGAGAAAAAAAUCUAAAACAAGUAAAAUGUUGUGUGCUAAUUAAAAACAUUCUUUCCUCUUGCUCCCAUAUUCAGGAUACUAGCUUGAGGCCUUACCGUGAAAGGCUAGUAUGAAAGGCCAAGUUGUAGGCACUUCAAGUGAAGUAUUUUGUGGUGAAAUAACUGCUGCAGGUAGGGUUAAUGGUGGAUCAAAGUUAGCAGGACUUUACUGUAGUGCAUUUUUUCCUUGCCAAAAAUCAACAGAUACAGAACCUUAGCUAAUGUCAGUUUAUGACAAAUACUCAGGUGAUCUACGCUACGCAGACGCUAUCGCAACAGUGCACAGUGCUCCUAGUUAAAGAUUCUUUCCUGUAAAAGCUGAGUAAAUCAUUUUGUUUUGUUUAUUUGUUUGUUUUUAAAUAACAAGUUUCAGAACAAAACCAAGGAUAGCAGAAUUUAUUUUGCACAAUACCUGACAGCAAGGCAAGCGGCUAUGUAAGGUGUUCAGCAUAUGUGGGCUUCCUGAUUGGCCAUCAGCUAGAAGUCCUCAGUGGUGCCUAUUUGUUGGUAACUAGCAGACUCCUUGCUCGGUCAGGUGGCCUUAAUUUAUUUACGGAAGAAAGGCUUAGAUAUUUCCACAUCUUUAUUCCUUCCCUGCAGCAUGAGUGUGAUCUACAAGAGAGAAACACAGUACAGCCUUAGGUACAGAGCAGCUGGAAAAAAAUGCUGCAGAUAUGGUUGGAAUAAUUCUUUUAUAUUCUGCCUGAAUCUGAGAAAAUGAACUCAGUCUUCUGUUAGUAACAUUGCUUACCAAAUGUUAUGAUACACAAAACAUCAGCAGAGGAAAGAAUCAGUGACCAAUCAGUGUGCCUAACAAUCAUUAUUUCCAUGGUACCAGUAAUGAAGGUGCUGUAAAUAGAAAUAUUCUAUGUAAUCAACUGUGUAUGUCAUACAGCCUUGGCAAAGCAGCUGAGCUAUUGUAACAAAACAUUCAGUGUCAAAGGUGGGGAAAAUAGGAACAGACUGAUAUCAAAUUCUAAUCAGAACAAACAGACAAUACUCACCAGUGUUUCUGCUGAGGUUUCCAUGCAGUUCACAUGAUUCUUCUUGUAUACAUUUACAUAACUAUUUAGUAUCGUACUUAACUGAUGUGUUGUCUUGUCAUACGAAAGUCAAGUAAAACUUGUUCAGCUCUAUCAUAGUUUGACAUGGAGAUUAGCUGCUAUUUUGAUUUUUAUUAAAAAUAAAAAAUAAAAAUAAAAAAUUGUCUGAGGCAAAUGUUGCCUUCCAAGAGCACCUCACAAUUCCUGACAUUGCCAGGCUGGUAUAGUUACCUUGCAAAACAGUGGCAAUGUCUAUGUCCAACAAAGACAGCUCUGUAUAUUGUUAAACAAAAAAAGAAUUUGCAUUGCACAUUGGACAAAGUUACCACAGGCUGUACUUGGAAUAGUUUUUCCUAUUUUCAUAUCCAAAGCAAACAUUUGCCCUGAAUUUUAGUUAAACAGAAAUUCAGUGAAAUACAUUUCCUUUCUAUAUAGAUAUGAAUUUAUGAAAAAAUGAUAUAGUGGAACAUUUGUUUAGUAACGUAUUUGUUUCUGAUUGUAAUUUGCAGAGCAACUUUGGGAAACUGAAACAUUGUACUGGUAUGUCGAUGUGGAUCAAGAGUUACAAAACAGCAUUUAAUGGCAUAGAAAUUGUGGUCCUGUUUUAUAGAAAUAAGUGGGUUUAUUAAAUUUUUUAUUCUCUUAAGCUUUAAAUUCUUCAUUUCUAAGUUUUCAAUUUGCAUUUUUAAUAUGUAAUAAAACAAGUAAAUGUUGGAAAUUUAAGAGAACUAGAAACAAACCAACUUAAAUGUACAAAUGGCUGUAGUUAUUGCAUUGUAAGUUAUAAAACUGUGUAGGUCCCCAGGACAACUUUUGUCAGUUAACCAGUACAAAAUAAAAUACAUAUCUUGAACUUGAGAUGAUAAACUCUUCUUUGUUAUAUAGUGAUUGGUAGCAUGCAACUUUGUGAGAUAUUUUGUAGGAAAUAUUUACAUAGAAAAAAACAGACACAAAAGGGUUUUUUCGUUUGUUUGUUUCUUUCUUUUUGAGUUGCAAAAUAUUAUACUCUGUCCAUUUAAAAUUAAUUUAUGAUGUGGUGUUAUCUAUGCUGGUUUUUAAAGAUUAAGAAGAAAAGGAUAUAUAUAUUGCCUAAUGGUUGAGUAUACUCAGAACUGCUGAAAUGUGUCCUAAGCAGGAAGGAAGCAAUUCAAAUCCUGCUCUGACUUUCGUAUCUGAAAUGUAGUUUUUGUUCUCUGUGAUGGCCUUGAAAUUUCCUUGGUUUUAGAAUAGCCUUUUUAUUUCUGCAGCAUUCUGUUUUGGGUUUUAUUUUCCAAUGCAGUGGAAAAAAAUAUUGUUUGUUCGGUGAAAUGAUAAAAGUCUGGAAAUCCAGUUAUAGGAAAUGUGUGGAAAUU